AUCUCAUAUAAUCCAAAACCAACUACAUUUGUCUGUCUGAGUUGGCCUAUUAAGAGCUUGAGGUAUAUUAGUACAGAAUCUUACUUGGUCUCUACUGCAGGAAGGAUGAAUGAAGCUGAAAUGACACGAGCCGAUGAGGUUGAGCUGCAGUGGGCUGCUAUCGAGAGGCUGCCAACAAUGAAACGAGUGAGAAUGUCGUUGUUUGAUGCUCAGGAGGGCGAUGAUGAAGGGAAGACUAAUGAGAAAGUGAUGGUAGAUGUCGCGAAGCUGAGUGCAGUUGAGAAACAUGUUUUUAUUGGGAAGCUGAUUAGCAAUGUUCAAGAGGAUAAUGCCAGGCUGCUUCUGAAAAUGAAACAACGCAUGGACAGGGUUGGAUUGACGUUGCCAGCAGUGGAGGUCAGGUUCAGGAAUGUAAAUGUGGAAGCACGAUGUGAAGUGGUCCAUGGCAAGCCUCUUCCUACUCUGUGGAACUCAUUCAAAAGCAUAUUUCCUGUUGUAAGACUACCAUGGUGCAAGUCACAAGUAGCACAGAUUCACAUUAUAAAAGGAGUUAGUGGCAACAUUAGACCGUCAAGGAUGACCCUGUUGCUUGGACCUCCAGGUUGUGGGAAAUCCACUUUGCUGAAGGCCCUGGCAGGGAAACUAGACAAGUCUCUAAAGGUUGAAGGGGAAGUUUCUUAUAACGGUACCAGAGUGGAAAAUCUCAGGCCACAGGAACAUGCAGCUUACAUUAGUCAAUAUAACUUUCAUGUACCUGAGAUGACAGUAAGAGAAACCAUUGAUUUUUCUGCCCGUUGCCAGGGUGUUGAAAGCAGGAAAGAACUCUUGGCGGAAGUCAGCAGAAGAGAGAAGCAGGCAGGAUUUAUUCCUGAAGCAGAAGUAGAUGCAUACAUGAAGGCAAUAUCGAUCAAUGGGCUAGAAAAAACCCUCCAAACAGAUUAUAUUUUAAAAAUACUUGGACUGGAAACUUGCGCUGAUACUUUUGUGGGUAGUGCUAUGAGAAGAGGCAUAUCUGGUGGUCAGAAGAGAAGACUAGCUACUGGGGAAAUGAUUGUGAGUACAAGAAGGGUACUAUUCAUGGAUGAAAUUUCUAAUGGUUUGGACAGCUCCACUACCUUUCAGAUUGUCACUUGCCUUCAACAAUUAGUGCACAUCACAGACGCCACUGCAUUGAUCUCACUACUACAGCCAGCACCAGAGACCUUUGAUCUUUUUGAUGACAUACUUUUACUUGCAGAGGGGAAAAUAGUAUACCAUGGAGCCCGAGCUGAUGUUCUCAAGUUCUUUGAGAACUUUGGUUUUAGGUGCCCAGAAAGGAAAGGUGUUUCUGACUAUCUUCAGGAGGUGACCUCUAGAAAGGACCAGGGACAGUAUUGGUUCAAAUCUGAGAUACCUUACAGAUAUGUAACAGUGGAUGAAUUUUCUGAGAAAUCUGAGAUGUGGCACCUAGAUGGGAAAAUCUGGUCAGAUAAUGAGCUUCCAAGGACAGCUAAAGAUUUCCAGUGUGACGAGAAUCUUCCCCAGAAGGAUAAGAACAACAAAUAUUCUAUGACAAAAUGGCAAUUAUUUAAGGCUUGCAUGGACAGAGAAGUUCUUCUCACAAGACGAAAUCUAUCCACCAACAUAAUCAAAUCUAUGCAGCUACUAGUAAUUGCAUUCAUAGUUAUGACCACAUAUAUACGCACAAUGAUGGAUAUAGACUCGAAGCAUGCUAAUUAUUACAAGGGUUGCAUGUUUUUUGGGAUCAUGAGGAUUACCACAACUGGAAUUGUAGAAAUGUUGAUGACUAUAUCAAGACUUGCAGUUUUCUACAAAGAGAGGGAUUUCAGCUUCUACCCUGCUUGGGCAUAUGCUAUUCCAGCUUCUCUUAUAAAGAUCCCGCUUUCCCUGUUGGAUUCCUUUCUCUGGACUGCUCCUACCUACUAUGUUGUAGGAUUUAGCCCUGGGAUUGAUAGGUUCUUCUGCCAAUUUCUGCUGUUUUUUGCUCUGCAUCAAGCGUCCUCAAGCUUGUAUCGUAUGAUUGCAUCAAUAUUUCAAAGCGAGGCCAUAUCAACUUUUUGCACCAGCUUGUCCAUACUGUUAAUGAUGUUCUUUGGUGGAUUUAUUAUUCCAAAACAAUCCAUACCAGUUUGGCUGCGGUGGGGCUUCUGGCUUUCUCCAGUGUCAUAUGCCGAGAUAGGAUUGUCUCUAAAUGAGUUUCAAUCUCCACGCUGGGGAAAGGUGACAUCAGGAAACUUGACUAUUGGAGAACAAGUUCUGUCAAAAAGUGGAUUGAAUUUCAAAAGCUACUAUUACUGGAUAUCAGUCGGGAUCCUCUUUGGUUUUACAUUAGUUUUUAACAUAGGAUUUAUAUUAGCCUUAACUUAUCUGAAAUCUCUUGGGACAGCUCGAGCCAUCAUUUCUUAUGAUAAAUUUCGCGAACUGCAGCAAGAUCAAGAUUGUAAAGAUGAGGCUAAGAGAGAUAACAAAAUUCAUAUGUCACCCCAGCAACAUUCGAUGGAAAAUACAGACACUGUAAUGCCAGAAAUUCAAGAAAAGAAGAAGAUGGUAUUACCUUUCGAGCCCCUGACUUUGACAUUUGAAAAUGUUCAGUAUUUUGUUGACACUCCACUGGAAAUGAGAAAAAAAGGAUUCAAAGACAAAAGACUUCAACUUAUUCAUGACAUGACAGGGGUAUUCAGGCCAGGCAUUUUAACAGCUUUAAUGGGGGUGACCGGAGCAGGAAAAACAACUCUAAUGGAUGUUCUUUCUGGGAGAAAAGACAGUGGGCAUACUGAAGGAGAUAUAAGAAUUGGAGGGUCCCCUAGGGUCCAACAGACUUUUGCCAGGGUCUCAGGAUACUGCGAGCAAAGUGACAUUCAUUCUCCCAACAUUACAGUAGAAGAAUCAGUAGCCUUCUCAGCUUUUCUGCGGCUGUCAUCUGAAAUUGACGCAAAAACUCGGGCUGAAUUUGUUAGGGAUGUACUUGAAAGAGUUGAACUUGAUGGGAUCAGAAACCAUUUAGUCGGGGUUCCAGGGAGGAGUGGCUUAUCUAAUGAGCAGCGCAAACGCCUAACCAUAGCAGUGGAACUCGUGUCUAAUCCAUCAAUCAUAUUCAUGGAUGAACCUACAUCUGGUUUAGAUGCUAGAGCGGCUGCAAUUGUCAUGCGCACAGUAAAAAAUGUUGCUGAUACAGGAAGAACAGUAGUAUGCACCAUCCAUCAACCAAGUAUAGACAUAUUUGAGGCCUUCGAUGAGUUGAUUCUCAUGAAAAAGGGAGGGGAGAUAAUUUAUUCAGGACCAUUGGGUCAGCAUUCCUGUAAUCUUAUAGAUUACUUCAAGACAAUUCCAGGCAUACUACAGAUUAAAGAAAACUAUAAUCCAGCAACAUGGAUGCUAGAAAUCACUGCAGAAUCUGUAGAGAGACAGCUUGGUAUAGAUUUUGGGCAAAUUUACAAGGAAUCUAAGCAGUUCAGAGAUAAUAUACAACUGGUUAAAGAGCUCAGAACGGCACCGGGACAGACGAGAGAACUUCACUUUUCUACUCGUUUUCCGCGCAACAUGUGGGAGCAGUACAAAGCAUGCCUCUGGAAACAAAACUUAUCAUAUUGGAGAAAUCCAGACUAUAAUAUAAAGCGCUUGGUUUUUAUGACCGUUGCAUCUGUAGCUAUGGGGGCACUUAUGUGGCAGAAAGGGAAGCAAAUACGUGAUAAACAGGACUUAUCCAACAUACUAUCAUCAAUCUUCAUAUCAUUGCAAAUUCUGGGCGUAACUAAUUGCUCAUCGAUUAUACCAGUUGUGGUGACUGAACGAACUGUUCUAUAUAGAGAGAUGUAUUCAGGAAUGUACUCAUCAUGGGCUUAUUCAUUGGCACAGGUGACCAUCGAAUUUCCGUAUAUAUUAGCACAAACACUUACCUUUGUAGUCAUCACCUAUCCAGCUGUAGGAUUUUACUGGUCUUUUAAAAAGAUAAUGUGGUAUUUUUACUCUACACUCUGUGGACUGCUAUACUACACUUGCCAGGGGAUGCUUAUGGUGUCUAUAAGCCCAGAUGGAACUGUUGCUUCCACAUUAGCUGGAACAUCUUAUGCGCUUUUAAAUCUAUUCUCAGGGUUCCUAAUUCCUAGACCGGCUAUUCCAAAGUGGUGGAUAUGGCUCUACUGGAUUACACCAUCAUCAUGGAUGUUGUAUGGUGCAAUUACAUCACAGUAUGGGGACAACACAGAAGAAAUAACAUCAUUUGGAAAAACUGAAGAAGUCAAGUCCUUCUUAGAAGAUUAUUAUGGGUACCGUUAUGAUUUUUUGGGCGUCGUGGCUGUAGUUGUGGCCACAUUUCCUAUUUUAGCUGCCUUUCUAUUUGCAUAUUUCAUCAGUAAACUAAAUUUCCAAAGGAGGUGAAAGACAUGAAUUCUAGCAUCACAAAAGAUAGUUUCUUGUGUUCUGGAAAUUACUCCAACUUUGUUAAGUGUAAUUAUGUUGUAAUUUAAUAUCAGAGUACAAUUGUGUUGUAAUUAUAUUUCAAUACAGUUAUGCUGUUAA